AUGAAUCAAGCGGAAUUUUCAACGGUUUGUCACCCGCUCUCAGAUUUUUUUGAAAACUCAAAUAGAAUGAAUAACUCUUUGAAAGAUAGCAAAAUUGCUGGCUUAUUUAAGAUCUACAACUCAAUGAAUCACCAAUUUAAACUUAUUGGAAGACCAGAGCUCACAGAAAGAAUGCUCAGGCGAAUCAUGAUGAGCGAAAGCAUCUCUCGAGACUUCCAAAUAAAACCGCUUUACGUUAACUUGUCGGGAAUAAUCGAUGAGCUUAUGAUGAGUGAGAUCGAAAUAGCGCUCUGGGCAAUUUAUUUAGAAAAUAUAGUUUGGAAAAAGUUUGAUACUUUCUCUGAACAGGUUUUAUUAUUUUCGGCCUAUAAGGCGAAAUUAUAUUUAAAUGGGAAUAGCAUUAAACCAAUCAAAGUUUAUUUAAUGGCAAAAAUUGAUGGCUUUCAAAAAAAUUUUAAGCAAUGGCAUCAGCAAUAUGAAGAUAAAUUUGAUAUUGAGCUUAAAGAAAUUAACAGUAAAUUUAACUACUUAAAAAAGUUUAAAGGUGCAGAAAUUGAUUACGGAACGUUGAGCUACAACUAUUAUGUUGAUGUGAUAUUACUAAGUGCAAUACCAUAUGCAGAAAGGAAGGGAAAAGAAAUUUUAAAGAUUAAAGAAGACUCUAGCGAAGACAACGAUAAGACACACAAAAAUUCAAAGCUAAUUAAAAAGGCUAAGAAGGAGAAUCCUAUAAAACAUCCACAAGAACCAAGGAAAAUAAUAAAAAUCGAAAAAUCUGAUAAAGCAGUAGCUUUUAACAAUACUAUCAGAGAAGAAAAGCAUGAUCCUGAAAUAGAAAAAAUCGAGAGAUUCUGCGAUGGUUUAUUACAAAACGAUGAUCUUAAUCCUGAUGAUUUUCUUAACAGCUUUAAAUAA